AUGCAUUUCAAAGCCGCACUCAGCAUUUUUGCUGGUCUUGCUGCCAUCGCCUCGGCAGCCCCAGCCCCUGUGGAUGAUGCGGUUAUCGCAAGAACACUCUGUCCGACACUUAAGCAGCGAGGUGAAACUGGGCUUUCCGUGGAGGAAGCCAAGGCAGAGCUCGUUAAGAGGGCUUGCGCAGGAUUUAACUGGUUUGGGGAUUUCCGUGAAACUGAAUCUGAGGAUAACCUCGCAAAGAGAUUGUGCCCUACGCUCAAGAAGCGUGGACAGCUGAACGCCCGAGACGUUGAAGAGCUUGUCAAGAGAACUUGCGCGGGAUUUAACUGGCGUGGGGGCUACAUUGAAACCAGUGAUGUCGAGGAAGAUGCCGAAUAA